AUGAGCGCCUCCUGCGAGGGAGGGUUUUCACUGCUGGCCCUGUCCCAGCCCGCGCUGCUGGAGGUCUUUGCGUCCCUCACGGAGAUGCGCGACUCAAUCGCACUGUCGCUGGCCAGCAAAGAGCUGUGGGAGCUCGGCGCCGCCAGCCGCCGCCGUGCCCUGUGCUGCGCCGCCUGCCACCACGCGGUCGUGCCGGACGCCGCGGCGGCCUUCAGCAGCGACACCUAUCGCGAGGCGCCCCACCUGGGCUUGCCAGACGGAGACAGCCACGCGUUUGAUGCGGAGCAUGCCGAGCUGCGCAUCCGCGGGGCUGGCGGCCCCGGCCACGAAGUGCGGGUGCAGCAUGUGCAGUGCGGCGGCUGUGGCCUGCACCUGGGCGUGCGCCUGGUGCAGCUGGGCAGCCUGAGGGCAGGCGCGGCGGCGGCAUGCAUCCGGCACUGGCGGGAGCUUCAGGUGCUGGGCGCCUGCUUCCUGGCGCGCCGCUACCUGCGCCUGCGCGCGCCAGACGGGCGGGAGGAGCUGCUGGGGCGCCCCCUCCCGCCCUCCGCCCGCGCGCUCUACCGCUGCACCGCCGCGCGCAGCAGCCUGCGGAGGCCCGGGGAGUGCGGCGCGGCGCUGUUUGAGCAGCGCGACGUCCUGUCGCGGCAGCACUGCUGGGAUGCGGGCGGCGGCCCGGAGCGUGCCCUGUACAUCAACGGUUUCCGCCCCGGGGCGGUGGUGGAACGCAACGAGCGGCAGGAGUCGCUGUGCCAGGGAGAGAUGCGGGUGGCGGAUGUGCACUGCACGGCCUGCGCCGCACGUAUCGGCUGGCGCUUCUGCCGAGACCUGACGCCCGCCCUGGACAACUGCAACCAGGUAGGGCGUUUUGGGGUGGUGCGAUCCAGCAUUGAGAAGGACGAGCACGCGGGCACCUGA